AUGGAGCUUGGAAUGCGCAUCAUCGGAGUGAAGUUCCGAAGAUUACACGGAGUGAAGCAGAAGAGACUGAAGCUUCCGCGCACCGUUAUAGUUGACUCCAUUUACGAGGAAAUUUUUUUGUGGCUAAGCGGCGUUAUUGAAGCUGUUAUUGGUGAUGCUCUUGUUCUUCCAGGUAUCAGAGAAUUGCCUUAA